AAAAUGCAACGGCAUCCAUAGGAUAGAAGACUUAAACGAAAAGAAAAUAAUGUGUUGGUAAGUGUAAGUGGAAGGUUCUGCGAAACCAGGCUCCGUCCUUCAAAUAUUAAAUAUAAUUGCGGUGUUGAAAAUUGAAACGCAUUUCCAAAGCCAUGGACGCCUUCAAUUCCUUCUUCGAUUCAAGAAACCGAUGGAAUUACGACACUCUCAAGAACUUCCGUCAGAUUUCCCCCCUCGUUCAGAAUCACCUCAAGCAGGUUUAUUUCACUCUGUCUUUCGCUGUGCUUGCUGCGGCUGUCGGGGCCUACCUUCAUGUCCUUUUCAACAUUGGGGGUUUUCUUACGACGGUGGCGUGUGUGGGAACCAGUCUUUGGUUACUCUCCACGCCUCCUUUUGAAGAGAGGAAGAGGGUGACUUUGUUGAUGCUCUCUUCACUCUUUCAGGGUGCCUCUAUUGGACCCUUGAUUGAUUUGGCUGUUAAAAUCGAUCCAAGCCUUAUCUUUAGUACAUUUGUGGGAACGUCCUUGGCCUUCGCAUGUUUCUCAGGAGCAGCUUUGGUUGCAAGGCGUAGGGAGUACUUGUACCUUGGUGGCUUGGUUUCUUCGGGGUUGUCUAUCAUCACCACUUUUAGGCAUGUGAUUUUUGGCAUUUCUUGUGGGGAGUGGGAGUUUGGAGAUUGGGCUGAAUUUUGA